AUGCAUUCGCCGAACAGCAGCGACGAAGGCUCCGACCAGCUUGAUUCGUACGGCGACUACGACCUUUAUUACAAUCAACCUGAUUAUCCCGAUGACUUGCUGGACUCCUCGCCUAGCGCAUCUCCAUCUACCCGCAGUUAUAGUGAUGACCCGGAGUAUUUUGAAUUCUACUGUAUGACUGCCGAAGAGGCGAAGAACAUGCUAAACGCUUGUAUUGGCACUGUGUGCCAGAAAACAUCUCUGAGUACCGCCGCUACCAAGGCAGUCUUACGGAAGCGCAAGUGGAACGUUGAAGACGUGGUAAGGUGCUAUCAUCAGGACUCGAGAAGGUUGCUGAUCGAGUCGGACGUGGAGCCGCAUCGGGUGUGUUCGGCGGCGUCUACCAGCGCCGACGUCUGCCCGGUGUGCGUGUGCAAAGCAGCUCCUGAAGAGAUGGCAUCCCUCGCUUGUCUGCAUCGCUUCUGCGCCAGUUGCUGGAGGAUGUACCUCACUGUACAGCUGAAUCAGGGAUGUAGCACGUCGAUCGAAUGCAUGGAGACGAACUGUCAUCUUCUAGUGCUGGAAGACUUUGCGUUGACGUUUUUGGCCGCUGCCAGUGUCGAACUAGUCGAGAAGUACGAACGGUUCGCGUUUCAUGACCAGAUUAAGACUCACCCGUUGCUGCGUUUCUGUCCGGGAACCAACUGCAAUACGGUGUUCAGGGUGGCCGUGGCCGAGCCGAAGAAGGUGACGUGUAACAACUGCGGCAGGAGUUUGUGUUUCACAUGCGGCCGUGAAUAUCAUGCGCCGACCAACUGUUGCACCAUCCAACGCUGGCUGACGAAGUGCGCCGACGAUUCUGAAACGGCCAACUACAUCACUGCUAACACCAAGGAUUGUCCGAACUGCCACAUCUGUAUCGAGAAGAACGGCGGGUGCAACCAUAUG